AUGUCGCAAAGAUUACAAAGUAUUAAGGAUCAUUUGGUGGAGAGCGCCAUGGGGAAAAGUGGAACAAAAAAGAAAAACUCGUUGUUGGAAAAGAGACCAGACGAUGUAGUUAUAGUAGCUGCUAACAGGUCUGCUAUUGGCAAGGGCUUCAAAGGUGCUUUCAAGGAUGUGAACACGGACUACUUGCUGUAUAAUUUCCUCAAUGAAUUCAUUGGAAGGUUUCCGGACCCCCUAAGGACGGACUUGAAGUUGAUCGAAGAGGUUGCCUGUGGUAAUGUUCUCAACGUGGGGGCGGGGGCUACGGAACAUAGAGCUGCGUGCUUGGCGAGUGGGAUCCCAUACUCUACGCCGUUUGUGGCUUUGAACAGACAAUGUUCUUCAGGGUUGACGGCGGUAAACGAUAUUGCCAACAAAAUCAAAGUCGGACAGAUCGAUAUUGGUCUAGCACUGGGCGUGGAGUCAAUGACCAAUAACUAUAAAAAUAUCAACCCAUUGGGCAUGAUCUCCUCUGACGAGUUGCAGAAGAACCGUGAAGCGAAGAAAUGUCUAAUACCAAUGGGUAUAACAAACGAAAACAUUGCUAGCAAUUUCAAAAUCUACAGAAAAGAUCAGGAUGAAUUCGCUGCAAAUUCUUAUCAAAAGGCUUACAAGGCCAAGGAUGAAGGGCUUUUCGAUGAAGAGAUUCUACCCAUAAAAUUACCAGACGGCACAGUUUUCCAGAAAGAUGAAGGGCCACGCCCUAACGUCACGGCGGAAUCACUUGGGAGCAUCAAGCCUGCGUUUAUCAAGGACAGAGGCACUACCACUGCAGGUAAUGCGUCUCAGGUCUCUGACGGUGUCGCCGGUGUCCUAUUGGCCCGCAGGUCUGUAGCCAACCAGUUGGAUUUGCCCGUGCUAGGCCGCUACAUCGACUUUCAAACAGUGGGGGUUCCACCUGAAAUAAUGGGUGUGGGCCCCGCAUACGCAAUACCAAAAGUUUUGGAAGCAACUGGUUUACAAAUCCAAGAUAUUGACGUUUUCGAAAUCAACGAAGCCUUUGCCGCUCAAGCUUUAUACUGUAUCCAUAAACUAGGCAUUGAUCUGAGUAAGGUAAACCCCAGAGGUGGUGCGAUCGCGCUGGGCCACCCGCUGGGCUGUACCGGCGCAAGACAAGUGGCUACUAUACUAAGAGAAUUGGAAAAGGACCAGAUCGGAGUUGUUAGUAUGUGUAUUGGUACUGGUAUGGGUGCUGCAGCUAUCUUUGUUAAGGAGUGA